CCAAUGUAUGAAGCAAAUUACUCUUUGGUGUCUGAAUUUGUGUUCCUGGGACUUUCUAACUCUAGACCUGUGCAGCAUUUCCUCCUUGCCUUCUCUACAGUGUUAUAUGUAACAAUUCUUCUAGGAAACCUCCUUGUUGUGUUUGCAGUGACCUUUGACCCUCAUCUACAUUCCCCCAUGUACUUCCUUUUAGCCAACCUCUCAUUUAUUGAUUUGUGUUUUUCCACCUUAACUGUUCCAAAGAUGAUCUCUGACCUGUACUCUGGGCACAAAAUCAUAUCCUUCCAAGGGUGUGUCAUCCAGAUAUUUGUCCUUCACAUCCUGGGUGGAUCUGAGAUGGUGCUGCUUACUGCCAUGGCCUUAGACCGAUAUGUGGCCAUAUGUAAGCCCCUGCACUACCUGACCAUCAUGAGCCCACGGAUGUGCCUUCUGCUUCUGUGUGGUGCUUGGACUACUGGCCUCAUUCACUCAGUGGUCCAGUUAGCUUUUGUUGUCCAUCUGCCUUUUUGUGGUCCUAAUGAAAUAGAUAGCUUUUACUGUGACCUACCUUGGUUUAUCAAACUUGCCUGCAUAGACACCUAUAGAAUGGAAUUCCUGGUAACUGCCAACAGUGGGUUCAUUUCUGUGGGCACUUUCUUCUUGUUGAUUGUCUCUUAUGUUUUCAUCCUGGUCACCAUAUGGAAACGUUCUUCAGGUGGUUUGUGUAAGGCCCUCUCUACUCUGUCAGCUCACAUCACUGUGGUGGUUUUGUUCUUUGGACCAUGCAUCUUUGUUUACAUGUGGCCAUUUCCCACGGUGCCAGUGGAUAAGUUUCUUGCCAUUUUGGACUUUAUGAUUACGCCCAUCCUGAAUCCUGCCAUUUACACAUUGAGGAACAAGGACAUGAAGAUGGCAAUGAGGCGAUUGAGUAGUCAGCUCCUGAGUUGGAGGAUGAUCUAA